CGCCCCGUUGGAAGCAAACUUAAAAACUCUAACCCUCUAAUUGACCCCGGCUCAGGAUCACGCUCCUCAUUUCAUAAUAUGCCACAACCAUAUCUUCUCUAUCUUCUUUCACCAUGACGUCCCCUGCUGCUACUACCGCUGCUGCCACUGCUGCUACUACUACUACUCCUUCAUUGCAAUCCUUUGUGGACUUUUGCUCUGUGGAGGACAUUUUUCAUCAGUUUGUGCCCUUUUUGACGUACCAAGAUGUGGGUCGUUUGGAGUCCACAUCAAAAUUCCUCCAGACUCGGGCGCAAGAGUCCAUGUGGAAGAUGGUCUGUCGUCGUGACAACUACUACUGCUCGUCUGGCGAGGAGGAAGAUGAACAUGAUGACGAUGGAAUGACAACAGGACCAACGUACCACGAAGAACGUCAGAGCUUUGAUUGUCUCGAAAAAGCAUCCAAUUGGAAAGACUUUUACCACAAAUGGUGGUUCUGGUCUCAAUGGACCCACGGAGCUGCCAAACCUCAUCACCUUCGCGAGGCCAUUUCGCUGUGGGCGCGAUGCAAGGCCGUACUGGUCCAACAAGGACUGCACAAUGUCGUCCAGUCGCUGAGUCCCUGUUUGACCCGUGAGGAAUUUGGGGCAUUGCUCGAAGUAGAUGAUGAUGAUGAUGGAGCUGGAGUAGGACAUGUACGACAGUUCCCUUUGCCGUCCUCACUGGUGGCCUUUUUAUCCGUGCACGGAGGACAGCAGGCACUCCCACCACGCUCCCAAGAUCAAGAAUUCUUUGCCGGGCUCUUUGGCAGCUAUUCUUGUUACGAUCACUUUUAUUCCAUGAGAUUGGUGAAAAUGGGAGAGUUUUUGGGGACUGCCUUUCGGGCAUUUCCAGGAUCCAUUCUCAUUGCCAUUUCCGUAGGAAAUCCACGCAUGUUCCUUUUUCUCCAACAACCCACACCAGACGAUCCAGAAGGAAAAUUGACUGCGGUAUACAAUAGUCCCUUGGCAUCACGAGGACAGGAAUCACCAGUGGUAGGACAUGGAGGGAUUUUGACAUAUCUACGGCAAUAUGUGGAACGAUUGGAAGCUGGUGUUUACAAACGGGUUCAAAUCCUGGACGAGUCACCAUCCUCUCAAGGGAUUGGUCUUUUUCCUGAUGGAGGUCCCACCAUGAGCCGUGCCGUCACCAGAGGAAUUGAAGUCAGGGCCAGCGCUCGCUGGUUCCCCGCUGGCAUACAAGAUCAGCAAGGAAGAGGGCUCAAUUUUGGGUACAGUAUUCGAAUACAAAUGGUAGAUGCCGACCCCGAGUUUGACACAUGUCAACUGGUGAGUCGACACUGGGAGUUUAUGGAUGGAGAAGGAAACGUACGACGGGUUGAUGGAGAAGCGGUGGUCGGAAAGCAACCAGUCUUCUUCCGAGAUGCCACUACGGGUAAACCAGGCUUUAUUGACAUGGGACCCGCUGGGGAUGACAAUCGGUAUGCAGACAAGACGUUUGUCUAUCAAAGCCAAUCUGGACCAGUGGCAGGAACAUCACAGCAGGAUAGCGGAGGUGCAAGUGUUAAGGGGACUUUUAGCUUUGUGCCUGGAACCAUUGGCAACCCAACAGGACCAAGGUUUCAUGUUGUGGUGGCAUCAUUUCCAUUGACAGUUCCCACUCCAUUUUAUUGAGUUAGUUAAUGUACCUGCCCAACACCACACGCGACCGCAGUUAGUUUGUAACCCCAUCCAAGGCCUCCCUAUUGUCGGCGCAUCCUAAAACUGUAGACUCAGACAACCAUUCUCUCCAUAGCUAGUUUACAUUUCGCCAGAUUUUACUGUACUUUUUACUUGCUUC